AUUAGAAUAGAUUUCUUUUUAUUUAGCUUUUUUCAAAGACAAUUAUAUCACUCAAACUAAUAUCUUUUUUCAUACAUAUAUUCUUUUGAUAAACCAGGAAAAUCGAACCACGUGUCAAAAAAGUUGGCACGAAUUGGUUAGUAUCGAACUCCUCUAGUACCUCCCAAGCCCCGAGCAGCCCCAUGCCGCACAUGCUAAUAAUAGUGGCAAAAUUUUAAACAUUUGCUAUCAGAAGAAGGUCCACUAGGCCUCCGAUGCAUCAGUAUCAGUAUCAAAUACUUCAAUACCAUAAUUCCACGCCAUUUUAACUAAUGACCACAAACGGAGAUAACUCUAGAAGUGGUGGUGGCUGACCCACUGCCCCUGGCACCACCUCCUCAAAUCCCUAACUCGUUAUAAAUUCCAAGUACCCACCUGCUCCACUUCAUAUCCACAGUACGUAGUUAGCCCAGUAUCAAAAGCUAUAUCCCAAUUUGCUUCAUUUCGUGCAUUUGCUUGGCUGUCAACUCCAGUAGCCGGUUCUGUCUCAAAAUUUUCUUUCAGAAAAUUUAAAGUUUAUUAGCCAUGCUAGAAGGCAAGGCAGUCGUAGGUGAGACUGAUAUGCUUCAGACAAUGCAACAGGAUGCUCUUGACCUUGCGGCCAGAGCCCUCGAUUUCUUUGACGUCACAGAGGCUACUGAGAUUGCUCGUUUCAUUAAGAAGGAAUUUGAUUCGACGUAUGGACCCGGAUGGCAGUGCAUUAUAGGAACAGAUUUUGGGUCAUUUGUGACCCAUUACUGUGGAUGUUUUAUUUAUUAGAUUGGCAGCCUCUACAUUUUGCUUUUCAGGGGUUCUGCGUGUCCUGAGAAGCCUUGGUUACAGUGACUGCCGAAUGGAGCCUUUGUACUGCUUAAUUAAUUUCAAUCGGUCUUCCAGGCUAUUGGCUUAGAUUUA